AUGGAGACGGCGAACACGAUGAGGAUGCGCGAGCUCGGCGAGCGAAUGAGCAACGACGCCGAUUUGAGCACAAUCCAUUUGGAUGUGCUGACGCCGAACGGCCACGAGUCGGUGGUUCUCGAGUUUCCGAACGCCGACAAGCGAAGCGUCUGGGAGGCGGCAUUCAAGGAGACGAAGAACGCGCUAGUCAAACACCAAAUGUCGACGCCGAGUUGCCAAUUGAAGAACAUCGUCGCGCAUCAAACGCGUCCCGGCUUGCAGUUGUGCACGGCGGCGGUGGUGCCCGGCAAACGGGCCGACAGUUUGCCGUUCGUCUGGGUGUGCGCCAGCGACAAAUUCAGCGGGCAGGUGGCGGUGAUGUCGCUGGAGAACGGCGAGGCGUCGAUCGAGAGCAGCUCGGGCAUCGGCAACGCCGCCGUCACCGCCAUGUGCACCGUUCCGCCGCCGACAAAGUGGCGAAAACGAAAAAUGAAAUCACAACGAUCAUCGGAAACGUUCCAAAAAAACUAUAUAAUGGAGAUGAGCAGCAGCGGGUCCGACAGCGAGUCCUCAUCGGACGAUGGCAAUUCCGGCGGUCAGGCGACAGUGUGGAUCGGCAAUGAUGACGGAGAGGUGUUCGUUGUGAAUUCGACGGAACGCGUGCGACCUCGGACUAGGGAUCGAAUGGCGAGACUUCGGAAUAGCGUCACAUCGAUAUGCUCAUCGAACGGCUGCGUGUUCGUCGCCACCUCGUACUCGUCGCAAAUUCAACUGUUGAUGUUUCGCGCCACCGCCGACGGCAAUUGGGAUCUCGACAAUCCGACGAACGUCGCGCACAUGCUGUCGUCGCCGAUUGCGGCGAUGGCGGCCGUCGGACGCCGAUUGAUUCUCGCCAGCGCCAACAGCCUUCACGCGUUCCACACCGACUUCACCGGAUGGCAAGCGCCGUCCGAAGUGUUGCCGCCGUCCGACGUCAUCACGAUCAUGGCGACGUCGGGAGCGCAUCUAUUCGUGUCGGGAAGGAAGUCGACGAUCGUCUACGUCGUCGAUUUGUUCACACUGCAAGUCGUCAAUCAUUUCAACGUCGCGCCAUUCGUCAGAUCCCAAUUGACCGGAAGGGAGGACAUCCUACGCGAGCACAAGAUGGGCUGCCUUCGUGUCUCGUGUCUAACCGUCGCUCGAUCUCAUCUAUGGAUCGGAACGUCGGCGGGCUUCGUCCUCUCCACUUCAAUCAUCUCAGCGAGAACGCAACCAACACCCGAUCUGAAUGUAUGCGACAUCGGCCAUAGUGGUCCAUGUCGAAUCCUGCUGCCCGUCAUGACGCCAUCACAAUGCCCGGCGGCGGGGUACCGCAAACCGAAAAAGUCGUCGCUGAACGUUCCCAUCCAUCAAUCAUCGCAGCUUCUCAUCGUCAGCUGCGGCGAGGGUCUCGACGACCAAAGCGCCACACAGGACCCGUCGACCGACGCCGUCAAUCAUCUCAUCUUCUGGAAAUGCUCAUAG